CCCCUCCCCCCCCCUCUCGCUCUUUCCCAUCUCCCCCCCCCAUUGCAAGAGCAGCUCCCUGUGCCCGUGCGACGUGUCCCCCUCCCCCCUCCCGGCGGGAAAGGGGGCCGUAUUCGUCUCCCCGCGCGCAUCCUUCCCCCGGGGGGAGGCGAGAGACUCGCCCGGCGCUCGGCUGCGCCCGCCCAUGCUCCUCCCAUCCUUUCCUCCACCUCCCCCCCUCUCUUCCACCAUGUCCAAAAACGCUCCUUUCCUUCGUGAGUACAAGCUCGUCGUCGUCGGCGGUGGUGGUGUCGGCAAGUCCGCCCUGACUAUUCAGUUCAUUCAGUCUCACUUCGUUGACGAGUAUGACCCCACCAUCGAGGACUCGUACCGCAAGCAGUGCGUGAUCGACGACGAGGUUGCCCUCCUCGAUGUCCUCGAUACCGCUGGUCAGGAGGAGUACAGCGCCAUGCGUGAGCAGUACAUGCGCACUGGCGAGGGCUUCCUCUGCGUCUACGCCAUCACCACCCAGUCUUCCUUCGAUGAGGUGAACAUCUUCCACCAGCAGAUCCUCCGUGUCAAGGACAAGGACAACUUCCCCAUCAUUAUCGUCGGCAACAAGUGCGACCGGGAGAUGGAGCGCAAGAUCACCAAGGAGAUGGGCAAGGACCUGGCCCGCCAGUUCAACUGCAAGUUCAUCGAGGCCUCCGCCAAGAGCAAGAUCAACGUCGACGAGGCCUUCUACGAGCUGGUCCGUGAGAUCCGUCGCUACCACAAGGAGUCCCAGCCCCGCAGCAGCCCCGGCAAGCGCCGCCCCUGCACCCUCUUCUAA